CUGUAUCAACGGGGUACAGGACACACUAGCUUUACUUUGAAAAACCAAACCGGAUGCUCGUGUUUAACUCCGGCUUACUUGUUCAAUUUAUGUGCCGGGCACCUGUUGUUAAAGAAGAAGCCCACAUCAAAGAUAACGUCACUAAGGAGAGAAAAACUGCACACGAAACAGUGGCGGAGUUUGGAUACAACCAGGACCUUUUUUUGUGGAUUAAUUUUGCUUUUUUUUUGCCAAUUCAGCGGAGUCGUCUUUUGACGUUUUUUUUUUACUUGGCAACUUUGUUUCCGGAUACUGCUGCGGCAACCCUUGCCCCGUGCUGGAUGUGAGCCCUGCGUUGAAACCACUGGACCAAGGAAGCAUGCUGGCCGCCAUCCAGCACCACAGCACUGGUGCAAGAGCCGGAAGCGGUGGCGGUGGCGGAGGUGGAGGUGAUGGAGGUGGCAGCAGUGGAGACGGCGACGGAGGAGGAGCCACGGUCCCCCUGGGGAGCUCUCACUUCUUGAUCAGUACGACGACGGCCGCGAGCGCCUCCAUGUUGACAAGGGCCCCCGAGGGCCCCCCGAUGCACCCGCUGAGCCUAGACAACCCCGCCUCGGACCCCAACUACAUCUUGCAGACGGUCGGCGACAUACGCAAGUUUGCCGAAGUGCUGCUUCAUCUGAAAGAAGCCUUCAACUUCGCAGAGCAUCCAGGCGGCCUCCAACAAGUGGUGGACAAACGUCUCGACGAGAUGCUGGAGGUCCUGAAAGGCAUCAUUGGCAAACACGAGAGCCUCAACUGGGUGACGAUUCACAGUACAGCUGGAGCCGUCGCCGCUUUAGUCAAGAAAGUGAAUUUUAAGGAGGUGAACGAGAAGAACAAGCAAAGCCUUUUCAGCGAGAUCCACUCUGCGAUCGACCAGUUGGCAUACGCCGUCAGCAAUGUAGUGUCUGACUUCUUUAUGGGAGAUGUAGAGAACGGAUUGGGGCUGCCCCUAACUGAGAAGAGCACGUCUUUUGACAACCCCCCUCUGGAAUCCAGAGGAUCCCUAACCCCUGAGAAAGAUGAUCCGCCAGGAUCGCCAACUGGGGUGGAAGAGGUGGACAGGACGCUACUGCAGCAGGACAACGGGGUGGAGUUAGCGCUACGCUACGCCAAGGCCUGGUCCAAGUACACCAAAGAAAUGCUGACGUGGGUAGAGAAGCGUUUUAACAUGGAUAGUGAGUUGGCAAAGUACUACUCCAAAAUGGCCGAGUCCGCCAAGACCCUCGCAAGUCAACAGGAGUUCAUGCCUUUCUGCGAGAUCUACACGGCCGCUUUCAAGAAUGACAUUGAAUACAGCAAGCUGAUACGGAGCACCGCAGCUGUCCUCCAAAGCAACAAAUACAUGCAGCCUCUGACGACUCGGAAAAACGAGCUGGACAAACUACGGAAAGAGAUGAAAGAGCGGUGGCAGAGACAACAAAAGAGACUGCAUGAAGCACAGAGUGCUCUGAAAAAGGCCGAGUUGCAGAAGAGCCAUCGUAAGGACGAGUACGAAAAGGCCAAGGAGUCUUCCGGCCGGCUGAAGGAGGAGCCAAUGGGAGGACCGGGAAGUGCGGUAUGGCUCAAACGAGAGAAGCGACGCCGGCUGGAAGAGGAAGCCCUGCAAAAGGAUACUGAGGCGAGGCAGCUCUACGAUGCGUGUUGUAUUGACGUUAGGAAAAAGACGGUGGAUCUGGCCAAGACCAAGAGUGACAUCAUUACCCAGCUCCGAAAGAUGGUCUUCCAAUGCGACCUCACCCUCAAAGCUGUCACAGUCAACUGGUUCCAGCUCCAGCAGGCCCAGGUGGCGGCGCUCCCCGUCAACCACCAGAGUCUGUGUGACCACGCAAAACUGUACGAGCCCGGGCAGCGCUACGUCAAGUUUGUCCGAAGGAUUUCAGCCAAUGCGCUGGAUUCAUCGGGUGGAGGAAUGUCUCUCACCAACCGCACGCCGAUUGGCAGCCAUUCAUCCUCCACUAACCUGUCGCAAAGUUCCGUGACAUCCGACCUGCUUGGUGUCGACGAGGUGGACGCAUCCAACACGGGCCAACAGGCCAAGAUGUGCAGCGACUCGGAAAGCGCAGGCGGGAGCAGCGAGUCCCGAUCCAUUGACUCACCCAGCGCUAGCCCAGGAGACUUUAUGAGGAAGAUCCCCAGAACUCCCUCGUCUGGCACCAUGUCGUCUGCUGACGACUUGGAUGAGCGAGAGCCUCCGUCGUCUUCUGAUAAUUAUACAAGUGAAGUGGUCAUGGAGGACGCCAACUCUCCGGGUCCUUUUAGAAACACGCAGUUGUCCAAAGCUGCUCAAACUCACAAGCUGAAAAAACUCCGGUCGCCUUCCAAGUGUCGCGAGUGCGAUGGCCUCAUCGUGUUCCAAGGAGCCGAGUGUGAGGAGUGUUCACUGGCCUGCCACAAGAAGUGUCUGGAGAGUCUGGCCAUCCAGUGCGGCCAUCGGAAGCUCCAGAGGAAGCUUCACCUUUUUGGCGUUGACUUCACGCAGACGGCGAGCAACAGCCAGGACGACAUUCCCUUCAUCAUCCGCAAGUGUACGUCGGAGAUCGAGACCCGAGCGCUCAACUUGAAGUUUAUCUACCGCAUCAACGGGGCCAAGUCCCGUGUGGAGAAACUGUGUCAAGCGUUUGAGAACGGCAAGGACCUGGUGGAGAUGUCUAACCUUUACCCCCACGACAUCAGCAACGUACUCAAACUCUACCUGAGACAGCUCCCUGAGCCGCUCAUCCUUUUCCGCUACUACAACGACCUUAUCGGUCUGGCCAAAGACAGCCAAAGUGGAAUCGGGGCCGAUCUGGAAGCAUCUCGGCUGAGUUCCUCCCCGGUUCCUCCGGCUCAGGUCAGCGUGGAGCUCAACCGCAUCCUCUUCAAGAUCAGAGACAUCCUGAGGCAGCUGCCGCACGCCCAGUACAAGACCCUGCAGUUCCUCGUAGAGCAUCUGCACCGGGUGACCGAGCAAUCUGAGGAAAACAAAAUGACUGCGAGGAACCUGGGCAUCAUUUUCGGCCCGACACUCAUCAAACCGAGGCAGACGGAUGCUGAGGUGUCCCUGUCCUCGCUGGUGGACUACCCCUAUCAGGCGCUCAUCGUGGAGCUCAUCAUCAGGCACUAUCACAUGAUCUUCGACACUCCUCUCAGCCCCUUGGUGGGCAACUCGCCCACCGAGGUCGGCGCCCGCCCGAUACCCGCCCCGCGCCUGACCCCGCAGGACAAGGAGCGGAGACUGAGCAGGUACUCAAAGUCUGCGGGCCACGACCAGGAGACCAGCGCCAAGGGUUUUAGGAGACACUCCUUCACUCCUUCACGUUUAUUGACCGAGUCAGCAGACACGAUGCUGCCUUCCAUCAGUGGCUCUGAGUCAGCAGACACGAUGCUGCCCUCCGUCAGCGGCUCUGAAGGAAAUGACCUUCAAGACGCGGAUGAACCGGAUUCAAAGACCUCCAACGGCGUUUGGCCCCUAAGUGUGAGCGACCCCCCAAAGCCGAGCGAGCGAGGCCUCUCCCGCUCGCCGCACGUCACGGCCCCUUCCCUCCGCCAGCACCGCCCCAGGAUCGCCUCUCGGCCAGCGAGCAUGCCGGCCCAACAAAGCCACUCCCGAGGCACCGCGGACGACAAUCCCGCCUGGGCCAGCGUGGACCAGGACGACGACGACAGGAAAGGAGACCGCAGCUUUCAGUCCAUCCUGGAGGUGGACGAAACGGGAUCCAAAGUGCGAACGGGCACGUUACGCGGUCUUUGGAACGCGGAGUACAAGCACGUCUCUUUCAAAGCGGCUAAAACCGUUCCCAUUCAAGCGGACGACGUCUCGUCCGGCUCGGCCCUGGAGGACUCGGGCAGUCCCUACUCCAACGGACCUUACAGCAUUCCCGCACGGCCCGGCAGAGUGUUGAGAAGGGAGGACAACGUCACCGUGUUCGACGUGGCCUCCAAGGGCUACCGGGCUUCCAGGACCCUCAACCCGCCGCCGGGAACCUUCUACAAGCCGCCAUCGGUGAGUAAAGCCAGCGAGGACGUCGACAUCGAGGUGUCCGUAGACCAUCUGGAGCGGGCGGCCACAUCCCCGUCCCAAAGCCCGGAUCCGGAGGAAGUGUACAGGCCUGUUUACCAGAGACCAAGGACCAGAUCCAGGCCCCUGCAAGAGGCGGAACGUCGAGAAGCUCACUUUGUUUAACCCGACAGGUUUGAUCUAGUUUUUUCUGUGACAUUGUGCAAUAAGAAAGACCGCCUUUCUUCCCAGGAUGCACUUCACUCAAAUGAUCACCUUGCUUCCCACACAGCUUGGACUAUUUAUCCCUUUUAAAGCAUUUGAUGUCAAUAGUUUGUCCACAUUGACCUUGUUUGUAUACCAAAAAAUAUAUCUAUGACGUGUGCAUGUCGCCACACCACCACAGGAGUCUGUUACCGCCCUUCAAACUGUCACACCCAACCUUUUUAUAUCAAGCAAUAAAAAGACACUUUUGUAUUGA